AUGUCAGCACUACAAACCUUUAUGCUUGUGGUGGAGCAUGACAAAGAUGAAGCCAAGAGUAUCGCCAAUGGUGUUGCGAAAGAUUUAGAAAGCAAGAAAACGACUCUUAUAGGAAUCGUACAGCAGCUUGGGGAGUACAUCAACGACGAAGAUCCUAUACUCCGCGGGAAAGCGGUCUCUUUCCUCACAGCUGUCAUCAAGGCACUACCUCCGAAGUUUCUGUCCCGUCAGCAAAUCCAGGUUUUGACUUCCUUCUUCUGUGAUCGGAUUGAAGAUGGAGGCGCAGUGGCAGGACUGGAUACUCUGCAGAGAUUGGAUCGGUUCACAAAAGAACUCGCUGCUGAGGUAGCGCAAGCUAUCUUUUCACAUUUCCAGGAUCUGCAGUCCCGAUCUCAAACGCAGCGAUUCCAAGUAUACCAAUUGCUCAACGAGCUGAUGUCGUCGCAUCGGGAGGCUCUGCGGGAAAUGGGUGAUACAUCUUUAGUUGGCAUUGUCGAUCUGAUGACUGGAGAGAAAGACCCGCGUAACCUGAUGAUGGUGUUCUCUAUCAUGAAGGUGGUCAUGAUGGAAUGGGAUAUUUCCAAUCAUGUCGAGCUGCUCUUUGAUUCGGUGUACAACUACUUCCCCAUAACCUUCCGUCCGCCGCCCAACGAUCCAUAUGGUAUCACUGCCCAGGACUUAAAGGGUCGCCUGCAGGACUGCAUUGCCUCAACCAGGCACUUCGCCCCUCACUCCAUCCCAGCACUGCUCGAAAAGCUAGACUCCACUUCGCCCAAUGUCAAGAAAGAUGCAUUGAACGCGUUGAUCGCUUGCAUUAAUUCCUAUGAUCCCGACACAGUGUCCCGCUAUUCUAUCACGAUAUGGGAAGUCUUGAAGUUCGAGAUCUUGAACGCACAAGAAGAGUUUUUGUCAGAUUCUUCGUUACAGGCAUUGCACGCGAUUGCGCAGCGUCUUUCAGAGGGUUCCACGUCAGCCUCGCAAGAUCUUCCUCUAGCCCAAUAUCUGCGCCCUAUCACAAAAGAGUGCAAUGAGCAGCUUCAGGAGCCUCAGCAAAAGCAGGCGAAACCCGCUCAACAAAUCCUCAAAUCUCUGUCGUCAGCAUCCGCGAUUGCUUUCACGGUGGUUAUCAAGGCAGUGGUUGCACCUAUCUUCACCGUAUACCAAGAAGCAGACGGUAUCGCCAAGCAAAGAGCGCUUCUCGAGACUUUCUCUGUACUCUUUGAGUCUGCCACUCAGGUCUUCGGUCAGUGGACUACCCGAGGUGGUGAACUCUCGACUGAAAAUCCACUCCACGAAUUCAAAGAUCAGUUCUCGGACGUUUUCGGUCAAGCACUGAUGGGUUCUGCCAAAGAAGAGGUUUCGUUCAGGGUGACUGCUUUGAAGGGCUUCCUCCGUCUCUCGGUGUUGCGCGAUUUCUUUCAGGACAAUGAGAUUGGUUUAUUCGUACAGUAUCUUGACGAGAUUUUGCUCAAAGAGACUGUCACUGGGCGGGAUGACCUGAAACGAGAAGCGAUUGCGGCACUCACUGAGAUUUCGAAGCACAAGCCCCGCCUCAUCAUGGACAUCACCUUCCCGGCAUUUGUAGCAACCUUGCCGGAGGAGAGCGACAGCUCGGAUCAGACCUAUCUGGCGACCCUGGACAUCCUUGCUCAAAUUAGCGUCGAGAGAGACAUCUUCGAAACGCUCUUCCGACGGCUUUACAGCAAAUUUACGAUACUGCUUCAGAAGGAACAACCGGGAGUAAUCGCAUACCCAAGAGCUAUUCUCGUGACCUUACUUUAUGUCAUGCAGCAAAGGAAAAUGGACGCUGACCCUAGCAUUGAUCUUUAUUUUGAGAAGAUUGUCGUGGGUCUUUGCAGCAGUAGUUCGGCUUCGGCGUCUGGCGCUGGGAAGAACCGUAUCUUGAAUGAUCCGGCAGUGCUUGAUACAUUAGGACGACUUUGCAAUUUGCUUGUACGAGCAAUCUCGGCUGAAAAGCAGAGUCAAGUUGCGCAAAAUAUCUACAAACUAUUUUCAUCAACCGAGGGUUCUCAUGUGGCCCCUUUUGCCCCAAAUGCAACUUCUGAUCAAGCCCGAACCAUGAUUAUAUCGACCUAUCUUCUCGCCGGUCUCUCCAAGGACUGUGGCACCAAGAUUCCAUAUGCCUCUCCGGAUAUAUCAGAGCUUCUCACUGCUGUCAUUAGACAAUCCGUUCUGGAGGACCUGGAACCUACUACACAGCUUGCCUUUCUGCGACACCUGGCUUUGCUUGUCAACAAGUUCCUGUCAAAGGAGGAUCUAGGCAAAGCAGAAGCUCUUUUCAGUACGAUUGUGUCCGUUGAGAACGAUACAUACAACCCAGCUACGAUCCGCACUAUCUUCUGGCUUUCCAAGGCCCUCAUCCUUCGCCUUGCGCCCUCGACCACGCAUGUCCUUACGUCGCUACUACGACUUCUCUCUUCACCCGAUGUACAGACCAGUGUCUCCACUGCUCGAGGAUUCUCUAUCCUUCUCGGCGAAGAUGAUGUUCUUUCUGCCGCUAAUGGGGCCUCGAUUCGACUUCUUUCCAAGCAGCGCGUCUUCACGACUGUUGUCCCCAUAAUCGCCGCUCGCAUUCGUGAAGUUAAUGUUGCUGGGAGUGAAGGGCUUCCCACGAAAGCAGACCACAUCAAGCCAGCCCACCUUGCAGCACUCGCUGGCAUACUCUCCACCAUUCCCACGGAAUUGGUACUCACCGAACUUCCUACACUACUCCCCCUUCUCCUUCAAUCACUUGACCUUCAAAAUUCCGAGUCCGUGGCCGUUCGUUCCGCCACGCUUGACACAUUGGCUGUGAUAAUUCGUGACAACGGAGUCGCCGCCAUCGAUAAGUGUGGGCACGUCCACAGUCUUGUGACAAGGCUUCUGAAGACUGCGGAAUUCAAAGCAGAUGCUAUCAAUCCGCCCCGUCUCCGCGCAGAUGCUCUCAAAUGCCUAUACCUUUUAGCUGUCAAGCAAGUAUCCACCGAAACGACGUCUCAUGCCCGCCUGCCCCCUUCAAUCUCUCCAUUGCUGCCUGAAAAGGUCCAAGUGUUGCGUUCACUUCGCUUUGUACUGGAUGAUCCUAAGCGAGAUGUCCGAAAGGCAGCCGUUGACGCUCGAAGCGCGUGGCUGCGUGGUGUGGAUGAUGCGCCGGAGGAGGAUGACUGA